CCUAGCCUUCCUCCAUCAUCCGCGCCUUCAGUCAUCGCAUCCAGAAACACAGCAAAUACCACUCUUCUCUUCAUAAUGCGCAGGCCAUAAUGUCAGUUCCCAUCCAGCAAACCCUCUGGAACGCUCGCAUUCCGUUGCACAUCACCCACCCCGCCUCACCGACCACGCCGUUCAUCACCAGCAUCCCACGUUUCAGCUACUUGGCUCUGCUGCUGCCUCGCCUCUCCACCUUCUUCGACUCGCCGUGUUCGAGCUUCCACUUUGAAGAUGUGCAGCUGAGGAACUUGGCCGUGGGCCUGCUCGUCGACCUCUACCAGCCCCCUCUACCAUGGCGGCUGACGGUGAAUGAAGGCAUCGGCUGGGAUAUUGCAGAUACGUUUCUCAACUGCGUGAAGGAGGCUGACUUCAUCCGCAACGGCAACGCAAACCAAAUCAUGAAAAUGUCCAAAGAUCACACCACCCAACUCUGGAACUCGGUCAUCGACAACGACCACGCUGGGUUCAACCGCAUCAACAUCCGUCUUCUCAACGCACCCACUGCCCUUAAACAUGUCCCUAUCCGCAUCUAUGUCCCAUCUACUUCUCCAGCACACGACUCAUCCCCGACCUCAUCGGAACCAGGAUCCUUCAAAGUCAUCCAGGCCCUAGUGCAAGCUACUACCUCUGGCCGAAGGCCCAAGUUACUAGGCCAAGCGCUCAAGGACUUGCUGCCCAGUCUAUUCCCGAGCAGUCGGGAUCCGAUUCUGGCAAAGGUGGUGAUGCACGGGGGGACGGUCCCCUUUGAGGCGCCGCUGGAGGAGCUGAUGCGGGAAGCUUCGUACCCGGACGGAUGGCUCUGUCUUGUUGUCAUCGUUUUGUGAUACAAUUUACUAAGCGAGCGGGCAUCUGGUAUGGACUGGCGUUAAAUUUUUAAUAUUACUGUAUAUUAAUGUAACUAUAAAUAAUAUUUAUAGUUAAUUCAACAAUAGUGUCGUCUAUUUA